CCAACCCAGAAUCUCAGGUUAUGGGAUGGUGGGCAAGAAAAAGAAGCAGAAUCCUCAGCAGGAAGAUGCUGAGCAAGUGCAAGCAUGUGGGACAUUAUCACAAAGAUCCAAAGGGAAUGUGUCCAGUAGUAACGAAUGGGAGAGAGCCUGUGAAAGUCACCACACACCAGAGAGAUAUCGGGGAGACCAGGCACAGGAGAAAGUGGAUGAACCCAUUAAUUUUCAAGGAACUCACAGGGAACUCAAAGAAACCACAUCCCAGGCAAAAAUCCUCAGGAUAGAAAGAGAGAAUACAUAUAGCGAGUGUGGGAAAAACUUCAGAUACCGCUCAUCCCUCAUUCAACAUAAGAUCAUGCACACAAAAGGCAGACCCUAUGAAUGCUUCACUCAGAGCACAGUCCUUAUUACACAUCAGAAAAUACAGGGGGGAGAGAAACCCUAUCAAUGCUGUGAGUGUGGGAAAAGCUUCACUAACAACUCAGCGCUUAUAACCCAUCGGAGAAUCCACACAGGUGAGAAACCCCAUCAGUGCAGUGAUUGUGGGAAAAGGUUCUCGCGGCGUUCAGUGCUUAUUAUUCACCAGAGAAUCCACACAGGUGAAAAACCCUAUCAGUGCUGUAAGUGUGGGAAAAGCUUCACUAACAGCUCAACGCUUAUUACUCAUCAGAGAAUACACACAGGUGAGAAACCCUAUCAGUGCUGCGAAUGUGGGAAAAGCUUCACUCGGAGCUCGCACCUUGCUAUACAUCAGAAAAUCCAUAUGAAAGAGAGACCCCAUGAAUGCCGUGACUGUGGGAAAGGGUUCACUCAGCGAUCACACCUUACUACACAUCAGAGAAUCCACACAGGAGAGAGGCCCUAUGAAUGCAGUGAGUGUGGGAAAAGCUUCACUCACAACUCAAAACUUAUCGUACAUCAGAGACUCCACACUGGUGAGAGACCCUAUGGGUGCAGUGACUGUGGAAAAAGGUUCACUCAGCACUCAGUCCUUAUUAAGCAUCAGAAAAUACACAGAGGGGAGAGACAGUAUGAAUGUGGUGAGUGUGGGAAAAGGUUCACUCAGCGCUCCGAACUUACUAUGCAUCAGAGAAUCCACACAGGUGAGAAACGCUAUGCAUGCAGUGAGUGUGGGAAAAGCUUCACGCAGAGCUCAAACCUUACUGCGCAUCAGAGAAUCCACACAGGAGAGAGGCCCUACACGUGCGCUGAGUGCGGGAAAAGUUUCACUCAGCAUUCACACCUUACUACACAUCAGAAAAUACAUAGAGGAGAGAGACCCUAUGAAUGUGGUGAGUGUGGGAAAAGGUUCACUCAGCGCUCAGACCUUACUAUGCAUCAGAGAAUCCACACAGGAGAGAAACACUAUGCAUGCGGUGAGUGUGGGAAAAGGUUCACUCAGAGCUCAAACCUUACUGCACAUCAAAGAAUCCACACAGGAGAGAGGCCCUAUGAAUGCAAUGAGUGUGGGAAAAGGUUCACUCACAAUUCAAACCUUAUUGUACAUCAGAGACUCCACACAGGCGAGAGCCCCUUUAAUGCAACAACUGUGGGAAAAGGUUCACUCAGUGCCCAGUCCUUAUUGCGCAUCAGAGAAUCCACACAGGAAAGAGACCCUAUGAAUGCCGUGAGUGUGGGAAAAGUUUCAGUCAUACCUCAGCCCUUACUAGACAUCGGAGAAUACACAAAGGAGAAAGACCCUAUGGAUAUGGUGAACAUGGGAAAAGCUUCACUCAGCGAUCAAACCUUACUGCAAACCAGAGAAUCCACACAGGAGAGAGGCCCUGUGAAUACUGUGAGUGGGAAAAGUUUCACUCAAAGGUCAUGCCUUAUCUAUCAUCAGAGAAUUUUUAAGGGAGCUAAACACCAUAAAAAUCUUGUUUAGAGCUGUCAAUUUUUUCUUUAAAGUUUUCUUUUGACAAUUCCCAGGUAAGUGGCCUUUAACGCUCUUUGCAUUUUUGCACACUGUAGUCCCUCAGCUCCCACAGAAGAGUUGUCCACUUUUGUCUUUUGAAACUUGCCCUUCUUUGGUGUGACUCCAAUGGUCCCUUCUAUCAACUCCAUUUUCCUAUGAGUCAUUGGUGUAUGUGUCCUCUCUACCAGGACUGUCCAUCACCCCAAGUGGGAGAGAUAAGGCAUGUCUCCAACUAUCUACAUUGAGGUAAAAUCUCCCUGGGCCUCAUCACUGUGGUUUCCAUGGAGUUAGCUAGCUUGAGUUCACUUUCCUGAAGUAAAAAGACAGCUAUUCUUGCAAUGAAGACUUGGGCCCCGUAUAGUGGCUGGGUUUAUCUAGCACAUUUCCUCCUGAUCUGACCUCAACUCUGUCAUAUUUCCUAGUCUAAACAAACUUGGAGCAUCACAUUUAUACUCUUUCUCCCACUGCAAAGUUAUUGUUAGUCACCAAGUUUCUAUCUGAGAACAGAGUGACUCAUUCCCAGUUCUUGUGUUAUCCUGGAUUGUGCUGAGCAGCAGGACUUUGAGGUUUUUUUUACUUUUUUUUCCAUUUAAAAUACAUUUAAAUAUAAAGAUCAGGAGCAGUGACAGGAAAAUAAAUGGCAUUUCAACUUCUGUGGUUCUGCAUGGAGAUGCGUUGUGUUGGAGGGAUUCACUCCUCCCCCAUCACCCAAUAACUGUUACCUUCCUUCACUUCCCAAAGUGUCUGAUGAAGUAGUGUUCUUAGCUCUCUGUUCUUGGGAAUGGUGACUGGAUGUCUUUGAUCCUAAAUCAGACUCGCUGGGGUGGGAGAUGGAAGUGUCACAAACCUGGAAGGGGAUUUCAAAUUGAUCCCAAACACAGUGUGAUCAUUUAGAGUUUAAAUUCCAGUUUCCCUCUAUUGGCAAAGCCAUUUAUGCUGCUGUUCACCAUUUCAGAGUGACCUUACUAUGCAAGGGGUUCUCCCCUCCCCCCUCCCAUUAUGAAGACGUUAAGACUUCUGUAAAUAACACUAAAGACGGCACAGAGUGAAGCAGGUUUCAAUGGAUCAGAGGAGACUGUAAUGAGGGACUCUCUCAUCCUGAUUUUGUGUCACCAGAUGUAACCAGCUCUGGAAUUUCACUUUACUUGAAAAUGAAUGUGUCUUCUAUCUCACUGUGAUAUGGCUUUUCUAUCUUUCAUGACAGCUGUUUGGUCAUAUAACUGGAUAUUAGUUUUGUUUGACAGAAUGUAGCUCAGAUUUAUUAGAAGCAUUAAGACAAAUGACCAUUUGCUACAAUCAUCAUUUCUUACUUUAGUUUUGUUUUUCCCCCAUCCUUGCAUGAUGACGUGGAAAACAUUCAAGUGCAGUUCAAUCAACAGGAGAGAAUAGUCCAAGCUAUUGGACAUAUUAUCAAAGAAAAAGUUGUUUCUAAAUUCCCACUCUGAAAUGGUGAACAGCAGCAGACCCCAAACUGUGCAACUAACAGAAGGAAGUACAUGUGAUCACACUAUACUUCAGUUCAUAGAAUCACAGAAUAUCAGGGUUGGAAGGGACCUCAGGAGGUCAUCUAGUCCACCCUGUUAUCUUACAGAGACUCAGAUCUAGGAUGGUAUCUAAUCCCUAAACACAACUAUACUCAAGAGUUCACUGGUGAAAAGGGGGGAUUAAAAGAAAACUAAAAUAUAUGAGAAGAUUUUUUUAAUCUUUGGAUAUAUUAUUCUUAUCAAUGAAAACGAAAUUAAAUAUGAAGUUAUGGAUGAAAUAGUGAGAGACUAAUUGUGAUAAACUGAACUAUACUGGAACAAUAAAAUGUAUUGUUUUUUAGUUUGGGGACUUUUUUUUAGUUAGUAAUAUAGGAAAUGGUGACUAAUCCUUAAAAGAUAAUUUGAUGUAAUUUUUGGCCUAAAAUGU